GGCACCUGCGGUCCCGCUCCUGGGGAAAUCGGCUGCUGCCCCACACGGGCGCUCGGAGGUAAAGACAGCUGCGGGAAGGCCUGAGGGCCGCGGGCGAUCUCUUCGUGACCGGCCCUGUCCAGUCGCCCCCGCGGCUUCACAGACGUUCCAAUGCCCCUUGCUCCGACUGCGCCAGCCGGAAACUUUGCCCUGCAAAGUCCUCCCCUCGCUUGACCGCACGGUGACUCGCCUGGUCGGCCGCGCGCCCCCUCGGGCCCAGGAAUCCCACGCGUGAUUGCUGGGCCACUCCGCACCCUGCGUCCGCGGCGCCCCACCGCCAGGAUGCGCUACGCAGACCCCUCGGCCAACCGGGAUCUGUUGGGGAACCGAACUUUGCUCUUCAUCUUCAUCUGCGCCUUUGCGUUGGUGACCUUGCUGCAACAGAUCCUGUAUGGCAGGAACUACAUCAAGAGAGACCUCCAGUUUGGUUGGCAGAGUGAUGACCAGCUGGCCAAUUGGACGGGGCCCUUUAAUGUCACCGGUGACCCAGCAGUGCAGAGCAGCAGUGACUCCAGCUCCAGGUACUUUGAAUUUUACGAGGGGCCUUUUGAAUAUAACUCCACGAGAUGCCUGGAGCUGAGGCACGAGAUACUGGAGGUGAAGGUGCUGUCCAUGGUGAAACAAUCGGAGCUGUUCGACAGGUGGAAAAGCCUCCAGAUGUGCAAGUGGGCAAUGAACAUCUCUGAAGCCAACCAGUUCAAGUCCACUCUGUCCCGGUGCUGCAAUGCCCCUGCCUUCCUCUUCACCACCCAAAAGAACACACCACUAGGGACGAAGCUCAAGUAUGAGGUGGACACAAGCGGCAUCUACCACAUCAACCAGGAGAUCUUCCGCAUGUUCCCCAAGGACAUGCCCUACUACCGAUCUCAGUUUAAGAAGUGUGCAGUGGUGGGCAAUGGAGGCAUCCUCAAGAAUAGCCGCUGCGGACGGGAGAUCAAUAGUGCUGACUUCGUCUUCCGGUGCAACCUGCCCCCCAUCUCUGAAAAGUACACCGUGGAUGUGGGGGUGAAGACAGAUGUGGUCACUGUGAACCCCAGCAUCAUCACAGAGAGGUUCCACAAGCUGGAGAAGUGGCGGCGGCCCUUCUACCGCGUGCUGCAGGUGUAUGAGAACGCAUCGGUGCUGCUGCCCGCCUUCUACAACACGCGCAACACCGACGUGUCCAUCCGCGUCAAGUACGUGCUGGACGACUUCGAGUCGCCACAGGCCGUCUACUACUUCCACCCGCAGUACCUGGUCAACGUGUCGCGCUACUGGCUCAGCCUGGGGGUGCGCGCCAAGCGCAUCAGCACCGGCCUCAUCCUGGUCACUGCGGCGCUGGAGCUCUGCGAGGAAGUGCACCUGUUCGGCUUCUGGGCCUUCCCCAUGAACCCCUCGGGCCUCUACAUCACCCAUCACUACUAUGACAACGUCAAGCCCCGUCCUGGCUUCCAUGCCAUGCCCUCAGAGAUCUUCAACUUCCUGCACCUGCACAGCCGCGGCAUCCUCCGCGUGCACACGGGUACCUGCAGCUGCUGCUGAGGCUGGUGGCUGGGUUGCCUGGAUGAACCUCUCCUCCUCCUCCUCUCCUUCUCGCUGGAACUGGGAGCCUCUAGGUGGGGCCUGGCAGUCAGGCUGUUGCCCCCUCAGUAGUUCAGCUCUGUGCUCAGGCCCCUGGGGCAGGGAGGCAGGGAUGGGGCCAGCCCAAACUCAAGCUCGGUCCUACCCCUCUUGUCCUCCAGCCUGUGCCUCUACCUGUCCACGAGGGGCAUGCUGCUGGGCCACGCCCUAGAACCAGGGAACCUGGGGACUGCAAGUGAAUAAAGCACAUUUCCACUUGAUUCCAGCUUCCCAGAGAGCACAAACUGUAGUGGCCUUGUUACAGCCAAAGACAGACCCGAGGGAGAGUGCAGUAGAGGGAAGAGACAGGCCACUUGAGCACAGUCAAGAUUUCCUUCAGACCUUUGGUUCCUGAGUUUCAUACUGAGGACUGAGCCUUGAGUUGCUACCUAGAAUCUCAGAGCAUAGAGACCAACCCAGCAGCCAGACCUUCUAGUGAAGACACACUGGCUCAGAGAGCCAAGAGCUGGUCAACCCAGUCACGCUACCCCACUGAGCUCCUCAGGUACCACGGUGACAUCUAACCAAGGCCAGUGUUAGCAUCUUCCCUGAGACGCCAGCAGCUGAAAGCCACACCCUUACAAACCUUUCCUGAGAAACAUAGAAACAGUCUUGGUGCCUCUGGGUCCUAUCUUGCCUUUGAUCUUUUGACGAGAAGGAAAUAAACCAGCCCAGCCAUUUGCACUUCAGGUUCCAAGCCAAUGUUAUCCACUCAAUAAGUGCUUAGCAGUUUGCUUCCUCUUCUGUCUAUUUUCAGCUCCAUUUUAAACCAGAAGUUAUUUAUAAAGCUCUGUUCCUCUUUAUGUUCCUGAGUACUGCGGAAUCCUGCUGUAUCAUUCCUGAGUGGGAACCAUCAGUCGGAAAUUGCUGGCUGUCAUAUAUGGACUCGGCACACGGAAGCCAGUGGGGCCUCUGACACCAGCAUCCUUGAGGCUUCUCCUGGGAAGGCAAGACCCUGCAGUGCACGCCUAGCACCUUGACAUGCAGGGACUCCUAAGGCUGGGCUUCUGGAAGUCAACUGUGCCUAAGCAAAGUGGCCAUGUGUCAUUCACAUAUCAAAUUCUUCCCCUUUGUUUCCCCCUGUGUGUUUCCACCCUGAGUGUGACUGUGCCUCAUAGACACUGUUGGCGAAUUGUCUUUGAACUUAGCUUUGUGGAACCGAAGAGUGUUACUGCUUGGAAGACUUCAGCUCUCUCUCCCUCCUCCCUCCCUCCCUCCCUCCCUCCCUACCUUUCCUCCUCUCUCCCUUCUUCCCUUCCUCCUUCCCUAAAACACAUCUGGGAAACCUGUUCUGCUCUGGUCCAUGGCUGAGCUUGGGGAGAUAUAAUGAUGAGGACAUUAGCUCUGUCUUCUGCGGGUGGAGACAGAUCACAUACACCCUGAAGUUCUGCAUGCCAUGCCAGCAGCUCCAGGUAGGAGCUGUGAGAAUACCGCUGGGAGCCAAGUACCUCCACCUGAACACCUAGUUUUACAGGCAAAGCCACAGGUCCAGCUGGGAGAGACAGGAGAACUCUGGGUGGCCCUCCAGGCUCCCACUCAGACUCCUUUGUCUGCCAGGCCUCCUUCUUCAAGCUUUGUUGCAAGUGGGUGGUGCUGAUGCCCAGGCUGUGCUGGGUGCUGACUUUCACCAGUGUUUUGAGCUCUGUUCUGGACUAGGAGUCCCAGGCUGCCCUGAGCCCCAGUCUGUUGGUCUGUAAAACAGAAGUCACUGAGACAUGGAGGCCCAAACAGAGGGGAAACUGGGGUAGACUCCUCAGGACAGUGGAUGACAACUGCUUUCUUGGGGAAGAUUCCAGCUAACUGACAUUACUAGCCACUGUUCAGUUAGUUGAACCCAGUUUCUUGAAACUGUGAAACAUUCCAUGUAAGGAAAUAGGAUCGAUUAGGGAAGAGACCCGGUCAAGUCACAUCCUGGGGCCUGUUGAGUGUGACAGAGCCCUCUACGAGAGGCCCUCUGGGGAACAGGUGUGGUUUGGGUGGACAGAGCUGGAGCAGGAGCUUUUGUGAGUCCGACAUCAGGAUCCCCAUAGCUGAGGGUAUUGGGGGUGGAGUUUGUUCCAGCCAGGGCGCUUGUAGGAGCACUGAGAUCCAUCCCAGGUGAGAGUUGGAUACCUAACAUAUGGCUGUAAUUGUGCUGUGGGUCUAGAACAAGUUCCUUCUUUCUCUCAGGGUCUCCAUUUCCUCAUCUCUACAGGGAGAGGCUUAGAAAAAAAUCUCCAGAGUCUCUAUAAUCUUUAUUUUUAAAAGUCAUGAUGUAUGGAUGAAAGCCAUAGCUACCAUUUAUUAUUGUAAUAGCUAAGAUUGACUGUGCUCUCGUUCUGUGCCCAGCCCUGCACUGAGCACUUUCCUGCACCAUCGCCCAGCAUCACAAGAUCCCUCAGGUCAGGAGGCUCCAUGGUACAGGUGAGGCGGUGAGGUUCAGGGCAACUCAGAGACUUGUCCAUGAUCAGACAGCCAAGGGAGAGCACUGCACUCAGGUCUGUAGAACCCCAAAACUUGACCUCCAAACGUCAGUCUUAGCUCCCCAGCUGGUAUUGCUAGGGCUAGAACAAGGAGGAUCCCAACAGAGAUGCCUCCAUAGGGUGGUACUAGGCCCUGGCCUAGGGACAAAUGCUCUAGAGAGCUGUCCUGGGUGCAGAAGACAGCAUCUGCUCUUGGUCCCUCUCCCAGCUCUACCCUCUGCAGCAGUACUAGCCACUUAGAGGAGCCCUGGAGGGGAACUGAGGCCAACUUCACAUCUCUGGGUGGAAGAGAUGCCCAGAAAAGGUAUGUAUUAUGGCAACAUGAGUUGCUCAGGAUCACAUGGCCAGCUAGAGGCUCAACUGGGACUCACCCAGUUGCCUGAUUUUCAGGCCACAUACUUUUUCCUAUAGCCAAUGUUUGUAGGAAAAAUAUUUUUUGGAAGGCUCAGAGAGAUCUGGGCAUUGAUUCUGGAAGCCCUCUGCCAUGUUCCUCUGCAGCCCUGUCACUGUCCCUCUGUGAGGUGCAGACUGCCGGUUACAUUCUUAUUUAGGGGAAAUCAAUUCCCCAUGAGCAAAACAGCUAUCAUGUCUUCCUUUCUGCUAAAACCAAGCUCCAGGCUUAAAAGGCAGAAAAAUACCACUGAUGAUUUGAUGCUCAGCCAAGCAGGAAGGAAGGUGGCUCAAGGUCAGACAAGCCUAUGGGACUGGUUCAGCAAUGCUGUGGCGGCAACUCUGCCAUUAAUUGCCCGGUGCUGCAGAGAGCAGAGAGGAUCCUGGCCCCGGACUCUGCUAAGUAUGGGGAGGAGGCAGGGGCAACACUUUCUGACAACAAAAGGAGAGGAGAGUGCUGGUUCCCAGUCCAGAUCAGAGCUCAUUUUGUGCCAAGCAUUGUGCUAGGGGCCAGGGAACAAGGGAUGAUCAGAAGCAUAGUCCCAGCGCUCCAGGUGCUUAGGUUGAUGUAGCGGUAAAUGAAGCAUCCCCCAAACACACACUGGCACCGUCAGUGCGCAGUACAGUGAAGUACCCACUUGGGGACAGUUGCCUGGGAUAGGAGGGGAAGGGGAGGCAGAGUCAGUUCUAAAUCCUACGUUUUGCACCAUAAAGAUUGUCACUACCAAGGCAGGGGUGAAUUCUCAGGUCUCAUCCUCAACAGCUGUGCAGCAUUUGACAGGGGUGUCCUCUCUGGUCUUUUUGAAGGUCUCUGUUCUAUGUGAACCAAUCUGUUCUUUCCCUGCCUCUCUAAAUGCUUCUCUACAGCUCCCUUGUGACUCUUCUGUGAAGCUUCCUCAGGAUUCUCUGCUCUUCCUGGGAGCCUCCUGCAGAAACCCCAUCUACUGCCUGCUUCCAGCAUCUGCUGCCCUUUCAUCUUAGCACCUGGGGCAUGACCACUGGCGCCUUGUGAGCAUCUUCAUCUGCUCCACAGCUCAGACCUCAGUCUGCCCUCCACUGCUGCAGUUAAAACAACAACUUGGACUCAGCAUCUCCUCCCAUUGCUUAACAGCUCUGUGACCUUGGGAAGCUCCCGAAGCUUGUGGAGGCUCUGAUUCAUUAUCUCAAAAAUGAGGACAGGACUCCAACUGCACCAGCUGUUGUGAAGGUUGAAUUAAAUAAUGUUGCAUGGCCAGGCAUGGUGGCUUAGAUCUCUCACCCCAGCACUCUGGGAGGCGGAGGCAGGAGGAGAGCAAGUUUGAG